CGUUGAAGCCCUGACCUGCCUGUCACUUUUACAUCUAAAAAUGCUGCUUGCAUACUGGUUGCUGCUGAAAAUUCCUUUGGUCUUGCCUAGCAAUAUUACCACGGGUAAUAUAAACCAUUAUCGCGAGCCAACCUAUAGUCAUCUGAGUUCGUAUCUGGUAUCCUUGCGGACUCGUAAAUAUAUCCACUCUCCUGGAGAUAAUCACUUCUGCACCGGAGUUAUCCUUACCAAUCGCCAUGUGCUUACCUCAGCACACUGCAUUACGGAUAAAAAGGGAGUGAUGAUGAGCCCUAAACGAAUUGUGGUGGCACUGUGCGCGGCCCUUUUUAGGACCCCAGAGUCAGAGGAAUUUGUUGUAGAUGUUCAAGAUAUGCUUAUCCACCCGUACUACCAUAGGAACCAGCACAAUGAUAUAGCUAUAAUUAAGCUGAAGAGGUAUGUGAAAUUGGACGGCCAUCACUUGGCUCCAGUUUCGCUUGGCAACUCCUCGCUGGAGGUGGGAAAUGAUUGCAAGACCAUUGGCGGAAACUUCGGCGUACGAAGGCAAAGAUUUGGAUCAUUUCAUAGCAUGCUGCUUGUGAAUGUCGAACUGCGGCCAUUCGACGAUUGUCUGAAGGUGAAGAAGAGUCUGAUGGAUGCUAGACCAGAAAACGAGGACCUCAUAUGUGUAAAGUCCAUGGAUCAUCAGCUAUGUACCACAGAUUUCGGUGGUCCACUAUUCUGCGAUGGUCAGCUGUAUGGGAUAGCUCUGGGAUCCAUUAAUUGCUCCAGUCCAGAUCCGGUGUUCUUCAGUGACGUGUCGUUCUACAACAGCUGGGUGUCAAAAAUGAUAUCGGGGGGAGUGGAGUCAAGCCCAUUUAUCGAUGCGAGGUUUUCCCUUCAUUUAUACAUCAUUUUAUUGAUUAACGACGUUUUCCAUUUAUUCCUACAUUAUCUGAAUCAGGACAGGGAAAUAUAACUCUCUUUAGAGGAAGGAAAAAUUGACCGGCCCCUGCAAUGCAUGGAAAAUUGGGGAAAACCCUAGGAAACUUUCACCUGUAUUGCACCUGUGUGCCACGUGUGGCACGUUCACUUUCCCCCAAAUAAACCGCUCUGACUUUCCUUUCAACUCCAACAACCUUAUUUCCAGUUGGUGCUCAACGCUUUUACACUUUUGCAUUAGUCAAGAAGCAAGGAAAACUGCCGAAAAACUUAAUAAAUUUGUACAUAAAACAUGAUUGAUAAAGGCCAUA